UGUCAUUUAAUUUAACUGAUAACUAUAUUUUAGAGGAAAUAUUUUUAUUUUAAUAUAUAAUUAUGACGAGAGAAAUAAUUACCAUACAAUUAGGACACUAUGCUAAUUAUGUUGGUGCGCAUUGGUGGAAUUUACAGGAGGCUGGUUUUUCAUUUGAUUCAUCGAAACCCAGUGAAAUAAAUCAUGAUGUUUUGUAUCGUGAAGGAGAAACACCACGAAAAGAAGUGACAUUUACACCACGACUGCUGGCGGUUGAUUUAAAAGGAUCAUUGGGAUAUUUAAAUGAACGAGGUUUUUUGUACGACGAUCCUAAGGAUGUCAAGAGCCUUGAAUGUUUGUGGGAAGAUGGUAAAGUGGAAAUUACUGCAGAGGAACCUAUUCCAGUUGCUCCGUUUGUUCAUAGUCUUGAUACAAAUUCAGCAAGUGGAGACGGUAAAUUAGACGUGACAAAAUUAAAUUUUGAAAAUGAUGUGACCAGUUGGACUGAUUAUUUGGUACCACGUUUUCAUCCGAGAACUGUUAAUAUUAUCAGGGAGUACAAGCAUCAGUGUAAAGAUAAACCCUUUGAUGUAUUUAAUUAUGGGUUUAAUUUACUGAAGAAUGAAGAAUUUUUUGAUGAAUUUUCUGAUAGAAUUAGACAGUAUGCUGAGGAAUGCGAUUCACUUCAAGGUUUUCAAGUAUUGAUGGACUCGACAGAUGGAUUCAGUGGAUUUGGGUCAGCUUGUCUGGAAUAUUUACGUGACGAAUAUGGAAAUAGUAUUUUAGCUUUUCCACUAAUCGAAGGCGGAUCUAAUGAAAUGUCAGCAUCAAAUUUAAUAAAAGUAGUUAACACCGCACUAUGUUGGGAAAAACUUGGCGAACAUGCGUCGUUAUUUAGUCCUCUGUCUUGUGGAGAGCAAGGUUGGCCUUGUCCAGGACCGCAACGUAAAUUCGAAAAUUUAACUUACGAUCUUAAUUUAAAAUAUCACACCAGCGCAAUACUGGCGACUGCUCUAGACACUCUGAGUCUCCGAUACCGUCACAAAGAAUUUACAAUGUCAGCUUUGUCAGACUUGUGCGCUGAUUUAAAUAAAUUGGGACGUAAAGCCGCGGCUACAAGUCUCAGUUUGCCAUUCCCAAUGACCGUUAAAAACGAUUUGAUUGACGUGUUGGAUAAUUUAGAGGGACCACUCUGGACAAGUCUAACUCCCAGUUGUAAAAUAAUUAAAGACAAAAGUAUGCACAGUCUCGCACUGCGUGGUGUCAAUGAAGAUCGACUUAAGAGGCCACUUGCUGAGGCUAAAAAACAAAUGGAGAAACCGGCUUAUCGGUGCUCAAGUGUUCAUGAAAUGAUGACUAUGUAUCUUGCGUACUCUUGUCAUGCUUCUGCUUGUUAUUUGACGACUGCUGAAGCACCUCUUAAUGUCCCUGUUCCAUUCCCAAGAAUUUUUAACAACAAUGUCCAUGCGAAUGGUGAUAUUGCCAGCUGGCCUGUCGCUGAAGAUGUUAAAUCCAUUCCUGUCCUUGCUGGGCUCCACAGUGGCAGUGGAUUAGCUUUCAUGUUCAAUUCACUCCACACUCAAGCUUCAAGAGUCAAAAGCAUCAGGAGGUUUCAUAUGUUUGAAGAAUCUGGUCUUGAACAAGAUGAUUUCAUUCACUGCUUGAAUUCCUUACUUGAUAGCAAAGAAUCUUAUGAAGAUAAUUACAUUUAAUUUAAUGUAUUAUUAAGUUUAUAUACUUUUACAAUAUAAUUUUAUACUUUUAAAUGUU